AUGACGCUCUUCAACCCGACCACUAUCCUCGUCGGUUUCCUCCUCCUCUACCUCUCCUCGUUCCUUAUUUUCGCCAUCGUUCGCAUCGCGACAGGCAUUUCCAUCCAACGGAUCGGAUACCUCUCCCUGCGCCGCAUUGCCUACGCCCCGAAGGAAGGAGUACAGAUCGAGCUUCGCGGGCUCGGAUUGUCUUUACACCCUCCUUCAUUUGCUCAACCGACUUGGUUCAGUUUGCGGUUGACUGAUUUGAAGGUGACGCUGGAUCCUGCCGUUCUAGUGAAAAGUCAAAGGGCAGCAGACAAAUCAGAUGUAUCGGAACCUCAAAGCUCGGAGGAGCUCGGUGGGCCACAGGAUGAAGAGGAUCAUUCUUCUCUUCCUCCUCGGAGCAAGACAUGGAAGACGUUGACCAGAAUGAAGGAACACGUAAAACGACUCCAUCGGAAAAUUCACUGGCUAAAGUUGGUGGAUGUUGUGGCCGUCAAUACCACCAUCAAUUUCGUCGAUGCUGGUCAGAUACAAGUGGGAUCUCUGUCCCUAGCGGUGGAUACCAGACGCAAAAUGGUGAACAGGGGAAAGUUAUUCCGUCGCAAAAAGAAAGGGAGCGGGGAACAACGACCGAUAGAAUGGAUAAUGACGGUGCAUAAUGUCCUUCUUGCGAUUGACGGCGGAGAGUCAACAGAGCUGCUGGAUAAUGUCGUGAUUAACAUACAUGGCCUUCUCCACAAAGAUUUGGAAGGACUUCGGGAUUCAUCCAUUGCCUUUAAGAUUGGGAGAAUGCAGAUCCCAUAUGAUGACAUGACAGCACUUAUGCAACGGAUUAAGCAAUUUCGGCCGCCCUCUAAAGAAGCUACGAACAGUGAUUUGGAUGAUGAAGUUUCCUUUGCUGAUUUCGUAGAGGAACUGGAUAGGCCUGGGAGUCGGGAUGAUGUGAUCGUUCAGACUGUUGCGGACUCGAAGGAGUUUGCAAGCUCGCUUCUGCGCGGGAUACAAGAAAUACAGGUAGUUUUGAGUUUCUUCCGACUGUCUCGUGCCAUCCAACCCCCUUCAGCGAAGGAAAGUUCCGUAUACCUGAAUGUUGUGACUCGUGAGCUUGGAAUUGACCUCAAUCGAAUGGAUCAAAACAGUCCCGCUCAUCGCAUGUACUUUCAGCGCAACGACGUUGCUCAUCAGGCUCUUCUCGCUGCCCUCUCCCUUUCGGUCAGCUUGGACGAUAGCUCGGGCGAGACAGAUAACAUCCUUUACAUCCCUAUGGCGACUACUACAGUGAAGACGACGCUCCCUUCAAAGACACUGAGCUCUUUUGACGAGUGUAAUCCAGAAGAUCGCAACACCAAUAUCUUGUUCGCGAAUUUGGUGAUCACAUCCCCUUCGCUGGAUUUGGAACCAAGACACGUAUCCAGGCUUCUGGAAUUGGCCCAAAAUGGAGCACCGACUUCUCGUGGGAAGAAGAGAAAUAAGCACCGGUUGAUUUCCCGGCUACUCCCAAAAGCGAGCAUAAAGCUCUCGGUCCAUGAGCCUGUGGUUCGAUUCGUGCUUCCCAUAUCUGAAUUUCCACCUGGUGCUACAGAGGAUGAAUAUAACUUACUCAUAUCUUCUAUAUCAUCGGUCUCAGUUGAAAUUGAGUCAUCCCAUUCUACCGAGGGUGUGGUCCACUACUCAUUGUCGUCUAUCUACCGGAUCGCGUCUCACCAAUUGUACUAUCAAACGCCGUCAGGGGUCAAAUACAACUUACUGACAACGGAAAACCUGGAGUUGAAGGGCUAUUUGAGUGCAUCUCCGGAAGUGCGCGUUAUUGCCUCGGGAACUCUGAAUGCGUGCUCCGCUCAUAUGGUUAAUAGAGAGGUCAAUCUUGGAAUCAAGCAGCUUAUCGAAGAAUUCCAAGCCCAGGUACGACCAAAGAAAGGAAUUUCUAUGCCAUUAGAGGAGCGAAACCCCAGCGCUCUACGGCAGGUUCCGUCUUGGCUGCUUCGCUUCCAGUUUGAGGCAACAAAUAUGAGCUUGGAAAUUGCUGGUGUUGAUGAAACCGUAUCAAAGAUUUCCCGAGGUGUCUCAUUACAGCUCCAAUCGUGGACCGCAGAUUACAAGGCCCAGAAGAAUGAGCCCAGUAACAUUAGCUUCGCCCGUCGGCGCACUCCAAGCCAUUCAACAAUUGGCGACGAAUCGCCAUUCAGAUUUCCCCCGACCUCGCCUCCCAGACAAACACAACACGGUGCUGCGGAUGGGAGACGGCUCGCUCUACACAUUCGCGGCUUUGAAGGAUUUGUUAUAGAAUCAGAAGACUACCUGGAAUCCGACCCAUUCUUUUCAUUGCCUAGAUUUGAGGUUGCUCUCAGCACAUCAAGUGACCGCCUUGGUCCUAUCUUUCAUAUAAACUCCGUCCUGAAAGGUGUUUACCUUCAAUACUCCCUAUAUCGCUUAUACUGUCUCGGCAUUGCCGUUUCCGUUCUCCAACAUGCGUUCGUGCGUCACUCGCCAGAAUCUGCGAGCGCAAGCCAAUCUCCAUGGAAUGCAAAGCACCCUGCUCCAUCCUCACCACUCCGUAGUGGUCCACAGCGGAAUGAGCUUGUAACAGUCGACGUGAGAGCUACCGUUAUUCAAAUCAAGACUUUCAUGCCGGCAGAUCCUCCAAUGCUAUUCCAAGUUUAUGGACUGUCCGCUGGCUCUCAUCGAUUCUCCCCCCCAUUUUUAAAGGCUCAUUUGGUCCGGUUGCACGCCGAGGCGCCAAAACUCAAGGGCGUUUGGGCAAGGAUAAUUAGCUUGAAUAACUUCCGACUUGACUUGCGGACACUGAAGCUGAAGCAAGCUGCCGGUUUGAUCGAAGAAAAGUCGAUAGAUAUAUGUGCCGAUUUUAUUCGCUUUGGUAUCCCCCACCACAUGGUUAUGCAUCGUAUAUUUGACAACAUCAUCAAUACAGCGAAAGCGCUGAAGCAGCUUCAUUACCGUUUCAAAACUCGCAGCCCGGAGUUUCACGCGGACAGAGACCCAGAGGAACCCAAGAAAGUGCCUAGGGUGUCUGUGCGAAGUAAAGCGCUGCUCUUCGCAUUGGAGGAUGAUGCAUUUGAGUGGAAACUAGGGUGCAUAUACCGGACUGGUCUUCUUGAGCAACGACAACGCCUGGCCCAGGAAGAAGCUUUCGAAUUGAAAGUUCAAAAGAUCAAGGAUUCCGAACAGCGACGCGCCUCGUCUAGAAUCCGAGCAAAAUCUAGCCACAGGACUCUCCGCAGUGAACGGGCCAGUCAAGACACAAGACGGAGCAAAAGCGCCGACGCAAAGCCGCGGAACGAUGCCGACAACAGCAAGGGCGGACGGGGGAGGAAGUUUCGAUAUGAUGCUGAAGGCGCAGCCUGUCUUUCCUCCGAGUGUAAAGUGUCUGUAGAACACGCUUGGUAUCGCCUUCAAGAGCAUCAUGCUCGGAGCUGGAAGAAGAAAAUCGAUGCUGCCCUGCGCUUCCAGGGUAGCUCUAUCAAGGAGGUGAGAAAUCUUUUCUCCGGAGCCGAUGAGCCUCCCGAGGACGUGCAGGAAACGGAGACCGUGCUUGCUCUUCCCAAUAGACCUCCUCUUCUGUCAGCCUUGAUAAGCGACGUCAACCUGGUUAUAGACAAACCUUUUUUCCCACUGGAAGAGUAUCCUUCAUUUCUCCAUAAGAUUGGGAAGGGCAUGCCUCUGUCGAUGACAUAUGCGUUGCUUAUUCCAAUGAGUUUCAAUCUAGAAAUGGGCGAAGCUCGCGCCAACUUGAGAGACUACCCGCUCGACUUGUUGCAUAUUCCGGCUUUGCGCCCCGGUCAAUCUCCAAGGCUACCAAGCUGGUCACUGCGGACGAAUUUUGUGAUUGCCGAAGAGUACCGUGCUGUCAGUUCAUCCAGACAAGUAGAAGUGGAACUUGUUCCCUCUACAGAACUUCCGGACGGAUCCACGAGCCCUCCUUUCUCAAUUAAAGUCUGGCGAUCUGUCUCUCCUGUCAAGACGUACUCUGAUCCCGUCUUCGAAAUUAACACCAGUCUCCCAACAAGCAUUUCAUGGGGCAUGUCCUAUCAGCCUGUGAUACAGGAUAUGAUGAAAAUUAUAGAGGGAUUCACUAAGCCGGAUAUUGAUCCCUCUGACAGGGUCGGAUUCUGGGACAAGAUUAGACUGAGUUUCCACUCUCGAAUCAGGGUCGUGUGGAAGGAAGACGGUGAUGUUCAUCUGCGACUGAAGGGCUCCCGCGAUCCAUACGUGGUAACAGGAUUUGGCGCUGGGUUUGUAAUGUGCUGGCGCAAAGAUGUCACGUGGAAUCUUCACACCAGCGAUAACCCAAUGGAAUUCAUGAGUGUCACGAGUGGAGAGUAUGUGCUGGCAAUUCCAGACUACAGCCAUGAAGCCCGAUACAUAGCCGAGGCUACGGCGCAGGAUUUGGAAACCAUCUCGACAUCAAGCGAGUUGAAGAACGCGGUCCACUUCAAGAAAGUCGUGGUGAAAUUGUCUGGAGAUGUCAGAUGGGCGGCUGGACUUGUCUUUGAGCGCAAUGCCGAUGAGAGCAGACGGUCCUUUGAAUUCCGACCGCAUUAUGACAUUGUCCUCAAGAACCCCAUCCAUAUUGAUUCUACUGAACUAAAGGACUAUGAUGCUUAUCGAGGCUUUCGGAGUAACCAUAUCCAUUUGUCUAUUGCCGUCGUCGCACCGGAAGGUAGGAACUGGACAGUUGACGAUGUUCAACCGUCCACGAGCUAUAACACAUUUCACCUUUCUCCACGGGUUUUUACACAUUUCUACAGCUGGUGGUCGCUCUUCUCUGGCGUCAUGUCACUUCCUGUUCGCCAGGGACCACUCUGGCCUGGUAUCACGACGACGAGUAAAAAAUUCGGCCGCCAUCUUGCCACUGUCAAAUAUAAACUGCUUUUUGCUCCCCUCUUUGUGGCACAUAUUUAUAAACAUAAGGACCGUGAGGAUUAUAACGAGGAUGUUGUCACAGCAACUGGCAUAAAGGUUCGCCUGGAUAGUUUCAAGCUUGAUCUUCAUCAGCGACGUGAACAAAUCAAAACCCAGGCCAAGGGGCGACUGGGACAGAUACAAGCGAGUGCAAUGCGGAUCAACCAGACCCAGUUAGAUCUUCAGGCUGCGGACUUCAGAGCUGUUUCGGCUUGUAUCGAAGGAACCACCCUGGCUGAUGUUGAGAAGAACAAGGAUGACAUUAUAUCUUCGUUCCAGCAGCCUGUCGCCUCUGUAGAUCUUUCUCGCUUCACUAUCCCUGACCAAAACCUUGAUUGGGUUGAUAUGGAUGACUUCGUGGAGUUGGAUUGGAUACUCCCGCAAGAGUCAAAUCCUCAAACGCAGAUCUUACCUCUGGCAUUUACGCCACGCUUCACCUAUUUCCGCCAGACAGAUCAUGGCAAUAUACGUCCGGAUGAAACGGGUUAUAGUACAUUUGGAAAUGAGCCCACUCAUGAAUGUGUCAUGUCUGAGAGUAAUGACCCGCGUCGGGUGCAGAUGGAGCUUAUCAGGGAUCGUCUCGCUACUGUGGAAGCACAGAUCCGGGUGUGUAGCCAUACUAUGGACGAACAGGAACUUCGGAUGACCAAAGAAGUCAACCCCGAUCCAAAGCUGAAGACUCAGCAUAAUGACUACGUCAAACAAUCGGAGUCUUUGGCAAGGCGGCGGGCAUUCCUCUCCGGCGGACUUCAGCGCCUCGAAAGGCAGCUUGUGCGAGAUGAAAGGUCAUCUACAGAGAAGACUCCCGAAAUGAUAGCCAGCGACACCGCCGCCAGAAUCCAGGGAGACUCCGAAUCAACCAUCGAUGGCAAAGAUGCCGAUCUUGCCGGGCUCUAUUCCUCACCAAAUGAUGAAUUUACUAGCGACUUUAACAACCGGUUUAUGAUCCAUAAUCCGCAGCUUAAAUGGAACAAUUCUCUCAGGAACAUCAUCCUUCGCUAUAGCCACCAGGUCAGCCAGCGACGUGGGUUCGUAUAUUACAUGUCUCAGAGAGCCGUCAAAUUCAUCCUGGAUAUUGUCGAAGAGCAGAACAAGAACAAGCAGAGACAUUCCAAGCUGUUUCGAAACGCAUCGAGACGGCCUUCCGAUGCCCGGUGUCUUGAGGCCGAUGACGACACUGUGGAGGAUCGGAUUGAGCAAUUACUCAACGAUGCGAAGCGGUUUGUAAAUGCAGACACGCAGGAAGGGUUGGGCCAAAACGGGCAAAGCAAGCCCAAAUCCGAUGGCUCCAGUGAAAACAUAUCACCAGAAUUCACGGCCCAAAAUAGUUACCACCUUCGGCUCAUUGCGCCCCAGAUCCAGCUUCAGAGCGAGAAAAACCAGAAAUCUGUCGUGCUCGUCGCGGCCAAGGGCAUGCAGCUCAAGGUUGUGUCAAUUAUGGACAAGGAGCGUGUGUCUGACGAUGUCAGCGGCCUGGUACAGCGUCGCUUCACCCUCGAAAUGGAUGGAGCCCAGUUCUUCGUUGCAACACAAAAGAACCUCAUGGCCCACCUUCACUUCUAUGCCGGCAACAAGUAUGGCAACUCUCCAGGUUCAGCUUGGCCACCCUGGUUGACUCUCGAAGCGAUGUUUGAUUUCGAGCUGAAUCCAUUUGGCUUUUCGAGAAUUAUACAGAAGACAUCGGCCUGCCUGCGGUAUGACAAGUACAACAACCUUCGUCUGAAGUAUAACGAGGAGGUAGCCAAGGGACAGAGCGAAUCGGGCCAAAAAAAUGUUCCUGACGGUCAAGAGACACGAAUGGAUCACAUCAGCGUGGAUUUCCCACAUUUCCGCGCCAUCUGUGACUCGGCUGAGUACUACACCAUGUUCAUCAUCGUAGUCGACUUGCUUCUCUACAGCGAACCCCUAGAAAAGGUCCGGAACGAACGUCUCGAAAGGAUCAUGCUGGGCGCCGAUUUCAGCGAUCUUCGCGGCGCUCCGGAGAUGGUCUUCAAGCUGCAGUCUCGUAUUCGGCAAUUGGGAGAAAUCAAGGAGCAUUUCCAGAUUAAUGCAAAAUAUCUGGACAAACAAGGCUGGGAAGAUCGUCUGGUACUUGAAGAUGAUUUGGCUCAGUGUGAAGAUGAGCUCUUCUUUUUGAUGAAAGCCAUUACGACGUCGCAGCGCAGGGUCGAGCCAACAAUGUCCGGUGCGACGGGGAUCCUGCGCUGGAACAUAUCCGCCAGUGAAGUAGUGUGGCAUCUAAUGAGGGACGAGUCCGAACCGCUGGUUGAGUUCCAGCUGAGAAAUGCCGAGUAUGACCGCACCGAUAACAGCGAUGGUUCAAAUCGCAACUUGGUGGCUGUCGAACGACUGUACGGGUUGAAUCUGCUCUCAGAAGCCAUAUAUCCUCAAAUCAUCGUGCCGUACCUCGACGAAUCUAAGAACCUGCAUACCCCGGACGAUCAUAUGAUCCGAGUCAGCUGGCGCAUGCUGGAGGCUGUUGCGGGCAUUCCGGUUUUGGACGACUUUGAGGUUUCAUUAUUCCCCCUCAAGAUCCAACUGGAACACGAGCUCGGCCAAAAAGUAUUCGAGUACGUAUUCCCGAAUGUCGGAGCAAGCGGCUUCGAGAAUGGUGGAUUUUCGCCCUUCAUGAUCAAAAAUAUGAAGCCGCUGGACAGUUCAGAUUCGGAAGAAGAAGAGGAUGGCAGUCCAACCUCACCUCCCACAGAGCAUCGUGAGACCGGUGAUACAUCGACCGACGACUCGCAGCUAUUGAAAGGGCCUGGCGCUAUUGAGCUACGGCUGCAGCCAACCCUUUCGUUGUCCGAAGAGGGCAGACCCCGAUCCCAUCGUUCCAAUCAACUUAAGGGUCUUGCAAUGACACCCUUACCUAAGGAAAGUAGUCGGGCUAGUUCAUCUCGUCACCUCGCACGCCCUGCAACUAGCGGCGCGUUAACGAAGAAGAGAUCGGCGGAUAGCAUGCGUCUUCUGGCAAGGCAAGGCACUGAUAAGAUUCUCACAAAUGGUUCAACGACCAACCUUGGCGAGGACAAAGGAAAGAAAUUCAGCCUGGCUAAGAUACCUAGCAGAAAUGUCAAGUCGAAAGAGGUCACCGAUGAUCUAUCGCAGAUGAUGUCUCGCGCAUCGAACUACAUGACACUGGCCCAUAUCAAGGUCCACGAUGUGGUGCUCUGCAUGAGCUAUAAGGGCAAAUCCGAGCACAAUCUGGAGGACAUUCACGAUUUUGUCUUCCGGUUACCCGUCCUAGAAUAUCGGAACAAAACGUGGUCGAACUUGGAUCUCGCCUUGCGAUUGAAGAAAGAUGUGGUCAAGGCCCUCAUUUCCCACGCGCCUGCAAUACUUGGGAAUAAGUUCUCGCACCAUCGGCCCACCAAACAACAACUGAAGCGACAGCGCGAGCUUGCGACCUCGUACCAGGUCUUGCAUAAUUCAGACACCAACAUAAUGUCCGACAAGACCCGCAGUCUCGCCAGUCAAGACUCCAACAGCGAAUAUUCCGAGUCUCGCUCGCAACGAUCUAUCCACUCGGGGACCUCUCCACUCGCACGAUCCAACUCUCUAGGCUCCAGCAUGCUCAGCGCCCCAGAGCAGGGCGGGAUGGCAUUCGAUGCUCGUUCAGCUAGCGAAGUGGACGUGGAUGCUCGCUGGGAGCAAUCUCGUCGGAUCGUGAACCCUUCCACACGGCCAAUGACUUCGGGCGCCACCAUUUCCCGUUCUCAAACUGCCAAACGUUGGGACGGACCGGAUGAGAGUAACAACAAGAUGACGCUUCGCAGCUUCGGCCGGAAGUUGGUGCCAUCACGAAAAGGCGGAUAA